AUGCCGGUAGCCCCUACACCACAAGAUAGAUGCAGAGGCCUAUAUUCCCCGGCGAACCUGCACCCCCGCACCCCUAAGAUAGACACGGUGCUUAGCUUCUUUGGUGAACUAAUAACCUCGAUGCUCCAAGCACCCUCUGUUUCCUUCCCACCAAAAGUCGACCGACCUAAAUUCCGUUCUCAGGUGGAUAUAGACGACCUCGGGUGUGUACUCUGCUCAAACGGCGUAUCGAGCAUUCUUCGAGGGCAAAACAAGGCUGCCAGGAGCAUCUCAGUUAUAGUCUUCUCUGGCUCUGCUGAGGAUGAAAUUCUUCGGGAAAGGAACGUCAGAACCUUUGACAACGAGUUAUCGGUGGAGGCUGUAGCGGCAUCUAAGAUCCUUGCAGAAUGGCGCAUCUGGCAGCUUGCAUGGAAACAAAGGAAUCGCGCCCUUGGGCGGGAGGCAAUCCACCCUGGAUAUGGGUUUCUUUCAGAGAGCGCAGAUUUCGCACAGCUCUGCGAAGCUGAGGGGCUAACGUUUAUUGGGCCACCGCCAUCUGCAAUCCGAGAUAUGGGUGAUAAGAGUGCGUCAAAGAGGAUCAUGGGUGCUGCUGGUGUACCGCUUGUUCCAGGCUACCAUGGGGCUGACCAAGACAUUGAGUUGUUAAAACUUGAAGCUGAUAAGAUUGGAUAUCCAGUUUUGAUUAAACCCACACACGGUGGAGGGGGCAAGGGGAUGAGAAUAGUUCAAGGGCCUGAUGACUUUGUGGAUUCUGUACGGAGUGCUCAACGUGAAGCUGCAGCAUCAUUUGGUAUAGACACACUGUUGAUUGAGAAGUAUAUUACUCAACCCAGACAUAUAGAAGUCCAGGUAUUUGGUGACAAACAUGGAAAUGCUAUUCACCUUUACGAGAGGGACUGCAGUCUACAAAGAAGGCAUCAGAAGAUCAUCGAGGAAGCACCAGCUCCAAAUGUGACAACUGAGUUUCGGACUCAUAUUGGUGAAGCUGCUGUGUCGGCUGCGAAGGCAGUUGGUUACUACAGUGCUGGAACAGUGGAGUUUAUUGUGGAUACUCUUUCAGGAGAAUUCUAUUUCAUGGAGAUGAAUACUCGACUCCAGGUUGAACACCCAGUAACAGAGAUGAUCGUCGGUCAAGAUCUUGUGGAGUGGCAAAUACGUGUUGCAAAUGGAGAGCGCCUGCCAUUAUCUCAGGAGCAGGUUCCAUUAAACGUGUACCUUGAUCCAGGACAUGCAUUUGAGGCCCGAAUAUACGCCGAAAAUGUUCCAAGAGGGUUUCUUCCUGCAACAGGGACCUUACAUCACUAUCGACCAGUCCUGUCUUCCCCAACAGUAAGAGUUGAAACUGGAGUCGAAGAAGGAGAUGCUGUCAGCAUGCAUUAUGAUCCCAUGAUAGCCAAACUUGUCGUUUGGGGUGAAAGUCGCAAUGCUGCACUAGUCAAGCUAAAGAACUGUUUGUCGGACUUUCAGUUAAUGAAUAGACAGAUUGCAGGUUUGCCUACAAAUGUUGCUUUCCUUCAAGAACUCGCAGGCCAUAAUGCCUUCGAAAGAGGCCUCGUUGAUACACAUUUCAUUGAGCGGUACAAAGAUGAUUUUCAAAGUACUUCUGCUAAGGCCUCGGGUGAAGCACAUGAUGCAGCUAAGCUUGGUGCAAUUUUGGCUGCUGCCUGCAUUUGUAAAAAGGAUCACAUUAGCUCCGAAGAAUCUCUUCGUGACAAGACGCUUUCGGUAUGGUAUACCCGUCCACCUUUCAGGAUGCAUCACUCUGCGAAGCGUUUGAUGGAAUUUGAGUUAGAUGAAGAACUUGAGGGGUUGAGUGAUGAGCUCCUUAAAUUAUUGGUUACAUAUAGAUCUGAUGGAGGCUACUUCAUUGAGACUGAAGAUGGCUCUUCUCCUGGUUUUGAUGUCAAAGUAGAUGGUAGGAGCGAACAUGAUUUCCGGGUUGAAGUUGGUGGUGUGCAAACAGACGUGACAUUAGCAUUUUAUUCGAAGGAUAAUAGCAAACAUAUACACAUCUGGCAUGGGAAGCAUCACCAUCAUUACAGGCAAACCAUGAGGGCUGAGCAUUUACUCGAUGAUAGUUCUCAACCUAGCCAGGCUUCCGAGGGAAGGUCACAUCCAAAAGGGAGUGUUUUGGCACCAAUGGCUGGUUUGGUCGUUAAGGUUCUGCUUAAGGAUGGGGUACACGUGGAAGAUGGUCAGCCUGUCAUGGUUAUAGAAGCAAUGAAGAUGGAGCACGUUGUGAAGGCGCCUCGGGCAGGUUAUAUAGAAGGGCUGAAGGCUACCGCUGGACAACAAGUUUUUGACUCCAGUGUCCUUUUCACUGUCAAGGUAUGCAUUAACAAUUGA